UUCCAUGCAGACUGUACCCUCUCGGGCUCGGACCUCGCCGCCAUCAACCCCUCCGGAGACCACCGUUGCGUCCCAAAGCACAAGUUCUUCUACUCGGGCAGAAUCCACCACAGCCAAAGAAGGCACCACGUCUUCGCUCCUUUCUGCACGCUCAAGCACUGCAGUGCCAGAAAGUACAUCCUCUGCAGAGUCGGUGGCUUCAAUCGGCACCACGACCGCCGCUGUUGGCACCACUGAGGAAACCUCCAUCCAGCGUCCAACCACUCCCUCCCUCGGCCAAUCUUCUACCACGCCGACGGAGACAACCUCACUGCAAGAGAGCACAACCCCACGGCCGCAUUCCGCCUCUUCCACGACCAAACAGGAGCUGAGCUCUGCUAGAGGAACCACCCUUCCCAGGCCAACUUCUGUCUCUUCUACUCACCACUCUUCGCUUGCCCCUACCGAGGAGACCACCGUUACCAUCCGGGAGAGCAGUACUUCGGCUGAGGUCGAAGGAACUGCGGCUGAGUUCAGCAGCCCACCACUCUCUUCGGCAACAACUCCUACUUCUGCGCAGUUGAGUACCUCGACUCUUGAGAUGAGAGCUUCCACGCCAAAGAGCCCGCCUCCCACGGUGGAGACCGGUGUGACGUCUCUUGAAAGUCAAACCACGCCAACCAUCAGCAAGGGUUCUUCCACGAAGGCUGAGCUGACUUCAGCAGAAGUGACCGGAACACCCUCUCCAGCAUCUGAGUCUCCCCUGCCCACGUCGCUUUCCAUGCAGACUGUACCCUCUCGGGCUCGGACCUCGCCGCCAUCAACCCCUCCGGAGACCACCGUUGCGUCCCAAAGCACAAGUUCUUCUACUUGGGCAGAAUCCACCACAGCCGAAGGAGGCACCACGUCUUCGCUCCUUUUUGCACGAUCAAGCACUGCAGUGCCAGAAAGCACAUCCUCUGCAGAGUCGGUGGCUUCAAUUGGCACCACGACCGCCGCUGUUGGCACCACUGAAGAAACCUCCGUCCAGC